UCCUGAAAGCACCUCAAAGGAAGUCUAUAGUAGUGUAGAGGACCCGUGUAGACUUGUGGGAGGCCUCUAGUACUACAGAGGACUUGUGGGAAGCCAAGAAUCAUUACUUUAGAGGACUCAUUUGCCUGGCUUGGCGCCUUCUUUAAGAUAAAUGCUUGCCUAAGUAGAAAAAAUGCCAAUAAAGUGUAAUACCGGUUGCCAGAGGAAUGCUGUAUUAAAGCGACCUAAAACAGGAGAUGCUCUUUGUAAAGAAUGCUUCUUCUGGGCCUUCGAAGAAGAGGUGCAUCAUACUGUCAUUGCAGCAAAUCUCUUCACCCCAGGCGACUAUGUUGCCAUUGCAGCCUCAGGGGGAAAGGACUCUACAGUGUUGGCAUAUACUAUGAAGCUAUUAAAUGAUCGAUAUCAUUAUGGCCUAAAGUUAGUAUUGCUCUCUGUGGAUGAAGGAAUCACAGGUUAUCGGGAUGAUAGCUUGGAGACAGUGAAGCGUAAUGAACAACAGUAUGAAAUCCCUCUCAAGAUUGUAUCAUACGAAGAAUUAUAUGGAUGGACAAUGGACCGCAUUGUGCAACAGAUUGGACUAAAAAACAACUGUACAUUUUGUGGUGUGUUUAGAAGACAAGCAUUGGACCGUGGAGCCAGUUUACUGAAGGUUGACAAGAUUGUGACCGGACAUAAUGCAGAUGACAUCGCUGAGACAGUCUUGAUGAAUAUUUUGCGAGGUGACAUUGCCAGACUUCAGAGAUGUACAGCUAUAGUAACUGUGAGUGUGGGUUCUGAAGGUACAAUCCCAAGAUCUAAGCCAUUCAAGUAUACAUAUGAGAAGGAAAUUGUUAUGUAUGCUUAUUUUAAGAAGCUGGAUUAUUUUUCAACUGAAUGCAUUUAUUCACCAAAUGCCUAUCGUGGAUAUGCCCGAUCAUUCUUAAAGGACUUAGAGAAGAUUAGGGCAACUUCUAUCAUUGACAUUAUUCAUUCAGGUGAGUGUUUCUCUGUGCGUGAGGGUGUCAAACUUCCAACUCAAGCAACAUGUGCGCGUUGUGGCCAUAUCUCUUCCCAGCCAGUAUGUAAAGCUUGUGUACUUCUUGAGGGUCUGAACAAGGGCAAACCAAGACUUGGGAUUGGCAAAACUUCCAAGAUUCAAGAGCAUAUGGACAACAAUGCAAAAGAGAAAUCUGGCAGUGGGUCCGCACCUAACUGUCACAACUCUGUCGCUGAUGCAGGCAGGCUCACUCUGCAUGCUAAAAGCAAAAAUUUAGAUUUUUGACGACUGCUGAGUAUAUUUAAUGCUAAGAAGAUUAUAUUAAACUUUUACAAAUUUUAAUAAAUAUUAACAUAUUAA